AUGGUGCAGGUGGCGAAAGCGCUAGUCGGUACUGGCGCAGCGCUAUCGCCGCGUGCGUUGGCCAAGCUGCAGGCGCAAGUGCAGGCCAUGGUGCGCUGUAUCAACUGCCCCGGAGGACCUUGGGACGUGGGCGUGAUGCUUACGACGGACAAACACGUGCAAAAGCUUAACCGCAAAUUCCGCAAGAAGGACAAGCCAACCGAUAUUCUUUCGUUCCCUUUCCACAAAGUGCGCGCGCCCGGGCGAUUCCCACGCGUCAAGUUGAGGGAGGAGCGAUAUCUAGGGGACAUUUACAUUAGCCCGGCAUACGUGCAACGUCAGUGCGAAGACCCGCAGCUCGAAGAGAUCACAACACUGGAAGAGCGACUACCGGUGCUGAUGGCACACGGACUUUGCCACUUGAUGGGAUACGACCACGAGUUGGACGACGACUACGAACGCAUGCAAAAGGCCGAGAACUAUAUCCUCAACCGAUACCCGCAGUUCAUGCCGCCUGCGUUUGCCCCUACAACGUCAACAGAACCGACCGACAAUGAUUCGUAG